UAGAUAGAUAGUGCAGAAGUCCUCAACCAAUCCCGGGCUCCACUGAGGAUCACGUGACCCAAGCAGGAAGAGUGAGUGAGCGGCUGUUACAUGUUCUUUGAAUCGUUACACGCGGUGUUUCUGACUGACUGAGAGGAAAAUGGCUCCUACAGGUGAAGUUGUGUUUAGCUCUGGGGACCGGGUCUGUGAUGACAACCGUCUGCGCUGGGAUCUCACUCCUGACCGGAUCCAGCAGCUUACUGAAGAGCUCAUUGCCAAGACCAAAAAGGUGUAUGACAUGGUCGGUGCGCUGGAUGUGUCCAGUGUCAGCUAUGAGAACACCCUGAAGGCCCUCGCGGAUGUGGAAGUGGAGUACACGGUUCAGCGGAACAUGCUGGAUUUCCCUCAGCAUGUGUCCACCUGUAAGGACGUCCGCACGGCCAGCACUGACGCCGAUAAGAAGCUGUCAGAGUUUGAUGUGGAGAUGAGUAUGAGAGAGGAUGUUUAUCAGAGAAUCGUGGCUCUGGAGGAGAAGCUCUCAGAUGAGAGUUUAACGCCCGAGGCCAAGCGUUAUAUGGAGAGACUUCUUAAGCUUGGCAAAAGAAACGGCCUCCAUCUUCCCAAAGAUACGCAGGAGGAGAUCAAAAAGAUCAAGAAGAAAAUGAGCACUCUGUGUAUCGAUUUCAACAAACACUUGAAUGAAGAUACAACUUGCCUCCAUUUCUCUCGCGAGGAACUCGGGGGGCUUCCCGAGGAUUUCCUUAACUCUCUGGAGAAGGAUGAUUCGGGAAAACUGAAGCUCACUCUGAAGUAUCCUCAUUAUUUCCCCACCAUGAAGAAAUGCUACGUCCCAGAGACACGGAAGAAAUUAGAGGAAGCUUUCAACUCGCGUUGCAAAGAGGAGAACUCUGCUAUCCUGAAGGAGCUCGUGGAGCUGCGCUCUCGGAAGAGCAGCCUGCUGGGCUUCAGCACUCACGCUGACUUUGUGCUUGAGAUGAACAUGGCCAAGACCUCCAAGACGGUUGCAACUUUCCUUGAGGAUUUGGCCCAUAAACUGAAGCCCCUGGGUGAGCAGGAGAGGGCUGUGAUUUUGAAGCUGAAGGAACAGGAGAGCCAGAAGAGGAAUCUGCCCUUCACUGGAGAGCUCCACGCUUGGGACACGCGCUAUUACAUGACCCAGGUGGAGGAGACCCAGUAUGCAGUGGAUCAGAACCAACUGAAGGAGUAUUUCCCAAUGGAGGUGGUGACGAAGGGUCUACUGGAGAUCUAUCAGGAGCUGCUCAAUCUCAGCUUCCAGCAGGUGGAGGGCGCACAUGUCUGGCACGAUGAUGUUACGCUGUACUGCGUUAAAGACCGCACCUCUGGCCAGGUCGUGGGACAGUUUUAUCUGGACCUUUUCCCCAGGGAGGGGAAGUACGGCCAUGCCGCAUGCUUCGGCCUGCAGCCCGGCUGUUUGCUCACAGAUGGGACCAGGCAGAUGGCUGUGGCUGCGAUGGUAGCUAACUUCAGCAAGCCCACCGCUGACGCGCCGUCCCUGCUGCAGCACGAUGAAGUGGAAACAUACUUCCAUGAGUUUGGACAUGUGAUGCAUCAGCUUUGUGCUCAGGCUGACUUUGCGAUGUUCAGCGGGACUCAUGUGGAGAGGGAUUUUGUGGAAGCUCCGUCUCAGAUGUUGGAGAACUGGGUUUGGGAGAAGGAGCCCCUGCAGCGCAUGUCCAAGCACUACAAAACAGGAAACCCCAUUCCAGAGGAGCUUCUGGAGAAACUUAUCAAGUCUAGACUUGCUAACACAGGACUGUUUAACUUGAGGCAGAUUGUUCUGGCUAAAGUGGACCAGGCUUUGCACACAAAGAGUGGUCUCGACCCGGCUGAGGAGUAUGCCAGACUUUGCCUGGACCUCCUGGGAAUUCCUUCCUCACCAGGGACAAACAUGCCUGCUACCUUCGGUCACCUGGCUGGAGGAUAUGAUGCUCAGUACUACGGUUACUUGUGGAGUGAAGUCUUCUCCAUGGAUAUGUUCUAUGCCCGUUUCAAACAAGAAGGCAUCAUGGACCCUAAGGUGGGUCUGGACUACAGGAAGUGCAUUCUGAAGCCUGGAGGAUCUGAGGAUGCUGCUGACAUGUUGAAGAAGUUCCUGGGAAGAGAACCCAAGCAGGAUGCUUUCCUCCUCAGCAAGGGACUCACAGUUGAGCUGGAGCCGGGCAAGCCCUGCGCCUGCUGACUGCCCGAAUGUUAGGCUAAGCCCUCAAAACCUCAGACUGAUACCUCCUAUUAAACCCAAAAUGCUCAUUCUCUUAUCACAAGAGCUUUCACUAUGAAGCGUCAUUUUAAAAUGUAAAAUUGUAUUGACAUCUGUCUAAAAAAAAACAUCUACAAAGGACAUUUGUUGUGUUUUAACUCUUUUCUGUUGAGCGUAAUGAAUUCCCUGUGGAAAAAAGGCGAGGAGCUGCUUCAGUGCACUCAUAAAACAUAAUUCGGCUGAUGUCACAUACGGGACUCCAGUUACAUGAUAAACAGCAGGUCACCAGACAGCAAUAUGUUUGCUUUUGUUUAAAUGGGAGAUUCUUUCAAACACAUGUCUAGCUCACUUCCCACCCCAAAA